AUGUCACUCCAUUCUCCGACAACAAGCACCGAAGGAGUUGUGCGAAUUGGUCACCUUCACCCAUCCGAUCCGAUGAUUGCUCAUGAACCUGAUGUUUUGAAGAUGUGCGCUCAAGAUCUGAAAACCCGAAAUAUUCUUCCAAAAAAUUACAGCCUUCAAAUUUACACAAUGGAAAGUUGCAACAAAUUCUCCGGAGUUGAACAUGCCGCAUUUCUACAUUACAUCAAAAAUGCUACCGUAUACUUUGGACCCGGCUGUAAUAAUGAGAUUCUGGUUAUUGGAAAACUCGCUCCACGUUGGAAUGUGCCAAUCAUUGCUCACAUGUCUGGUGACGAUGCAUUAUCAGAUCGAUCCCAAUUUCCAACGCUUGGCUCAGUUGCACUAACAUCUGCAAGUGAAAUGGCAAAGGCUACCGUAACUUUUUUGACGCUCAACAAUUGGGAUCAGAUUGGAAUUGUGCGAUCCUCAGAAGGAUAUGAACGGCUAUCGGUGCAUUCGUUGCAACAUCAGAUCAAAAAAAAGGAUAUUGAGUUGAAUGUUAUAGUCGAUAUUGAGCCUUUCACAACUGCUGAGAUUAUAAUGGCCUCUGGAAAAUUAGCAACAAUGAAAGCAUCGGCGAGAAUUUUUGUUGUUGAGCUUGGAAUGGAUUUGCAUUCAGUCACCAAUUUCAUGUUGGCUAUCCAUCGCACAAACAUGAAGUCUGACGGUUUCGUAUUCAUUCUACCAUGGCUUGCUCAUAUCAAUGACCAUUAUCCAUGGGAAGCCGCCAAUGUAGAUAAGCAAGAAGUGAAGGCAGCAUUUGAGAAUGUUAUAAUCAUCACCGCUCAUGGCUACGACAAAGCCUUCUUUGACAUAUUCCAACAGAAAUUCAGUUCAGCGACGGGAGUUUUAGCAAGCCAUUAUGCCACGCUUUCCUACAUGUCGUUAUACGAUGCUCUCUUCCUCUACGGGUUGGCUCUUCGCGAUGCUUUCCAAGAUGUUGGUAGUUAUAAUGUUCAUGUGAAUGGUUCUCUUCUAUGGUCGAGAAUGACAAAUCGUCAAUUCAUUGGUGCAACUGGUCAUGUUUUAAUGAAUAAUAAGGCUAUUCGAGUCCCAUCUUAUGCUACAUAUUAUUCCACCAAUGGAACGCUGAAGAUCGUUGUCGAGCUUGAAGCAAAAAAUAAUGAUCGCGGCGCUUGUGAAAAGAAUGAAGACAUGUGUUCCGAACACGUCGCUCAUGAAAUGGUUCAAUACUAUUGGAACUCUGAAACCGGUAAAUUGCCGCCAUCCGUGCCAAAAUGUGGAUUCACGGGUUCCGAAUGCGAUUAUCGGCCGUACAUUAUUGGUGCAGCUGUCUUAGUCUUCUUUAUAAUUGCAAUCCCCGUAUCUUAUUUCAUAUACAUUAAACAGAAAGAGCGUCUUCUUUAUGAUAUGACUUGGAGAAUCCCGAGAGAUACCGUCAAAUUGCUUGAGAACAAAUCGAAAUCUGAACACUCGCUAGCCAGCAAAUCGCAAAGUUCGGGUUCAUUCUCAGGCAGCAUGAAUUCAAAGCAAAAUGGGCUUAUUGCCGCCAAACAGGCGGUGUCAAAUGGGGUCAAAGUUGCGAUAAAGCGAUACCAACAAGUCAGAAAUUUGACUUUUCCAAAAUCUGAGCUCAGAAUGCUCAAGGAGUUGAAAAUAAUUGAAAACGAGAAUCUCAACAAAUUUUAUGGAAUUUCUUUCAAUCAGCAAAACGAAUUUAUCGUCAUGUGGGUAUUGUGCUCACGUGGAAGUCUUGAGGAUAUUUUGUUCAAUGAUGAGCUCAAAUUGGGAAGAAACUUUCAAGUUUCGUUCGCUAAGGAUGUUGUCAAAGGCCUCAGUUUCUUGCAUGCUUCUCCAAUUCUAUACCACGGGCUUCUUUGCCUCCAGAAUUGUCUCGUUGAUUCGAAUUGGACCGUGAAAUUGACAAACUUCGCAACAGAACAAAUUAUUGCCGAUCGGUUAGCUCACAAUGAAAUUCGCCCGAUUGUCCGUCCUGAUGAUGAGAGCACGGAUGCGAGCGAGCAGAAUGAUAUCGCGCGAAAGAAGUAUUUGCAACAAGCGCCGGAAAUUAUUCGUGAACUCGUGACUGCUAAAACACUUCCGCCGGGCUCACAAGCUGCCGACAUUUACGCGCUCGGAAUGGUUCUUUAUCAAAUUCUUUUCCGCGUCGAGCCGUUCCAUGAGAGAGGAAAGAGCAUUAACAAGUUGAUGGAACUUCUCGCCAUGGCUAGCGAAGAUGAUCAAAUUAUUCGUCCAACCUUUCCGUCGUCGAAUCAGAAUGAAGGAUACAACUUGCAGCUUCUUUCCUGCUUGGAGGCGUGUUGGCUCGAAAUUCCAGAAAUGCGUCCGCCAAUCAAAAAGGUGCGCACAAUGGUAAACGCCAAUUUGAAAUCAGUCGGAAAAGGCUCUCUCGUGGAUCAAAUGAUGAAGAUGAUGGAGGAGUACACAGCCAAUUUGGAGAAUAUGGUGCGAGAUAGGACUGCGCUGCUUGAGGAGGCCCAGAAACAGGCCGACAGAUUACUUAAUAGCAUGUUGCCAAAAUCGAUUGCUGAGGAUCUCAAGAUUGGAAAGCCAGUGUUACCGCAAUUGUAUAGCUGCGCGACGGUUUUGUUCUCAGACAUUCGCGGAUUCACCAGAAUAUCGUCGACAUCGACUCCUCUUCAAGUCGUAACUUUCCUUAAUGACAUGUUUAGUGGAUUUGAUGCGAUUAUCGCCAAACACGAUGCUUAUAAAGUGGAAACGAUUGGAGAUGCGUAUAUGAUCGUUUCCGGUGUGCCAACGGAAAAUGGCAAUCAUCACGUACAGCACAUCGCGGAUAUUGCGUUGAAAAUGAGAGCGUUCAUCUGCAACUUCAAACUUGCCCAUAGACCCGAAGAAGUGAUGAUGGUUCGAAUCGGAUUCCAUAGUGGACCGGUGGCGGCUGGAGUUGUCGGCCUCUCAGCGCCGCGCUAUUGCCUUUUCGGCGAUACUGUUAACACGGCAUCGAGAAUGGAAAGCACCGGAGUGGCAAACAAAAUCCAAAUUUCGGAAAGCUCGUACAAUCUUCUUCAUUGCUUCUUCACGCAAUUUCAGCUAGUUGAACGAGGAAAAAUUGAAGUCAAGGGAAAAGGCGAGUGUACAACAUACUACUUGGAAGGCAAAACAAAAUAA